UCGCGUUUUAAAACGUGAAAUUGUUUAGAAAAUCAUCCAUGGAUUUCCCCUCGAUCACUUAAAGCUUUCUUUCCGCUUCACAAAGAUCAGCAACCACCUUGAGAUGACUAAGUUCCAUUCUAGCCAAUAAAUAGAUGUUAAGCUAUAAAAUCUAUACUAUUACAGAAGCCAAUGUAAUGACAAACUCGAAGUCCCAAUGUACAUCGGCUGCACUUGAAAUAGAAUUUCUUUGUGAUAAGGCAAGCAUAUAGUGGGAUUUCCCUUUAUGGUAUUCUUAACUUUAACUUUAUAAAUAUGGCGUACGACCGACGCUUGCUUUCAUUACUAAACAGACACUUCAGUCACGUACAUACAUCGCGUCCAGUUUUAAAAUCAAUUUUAAGUGUUCCCUGAAUAUAUUUAAAUGGGAUCACGUUUGACAAAACAGAGAACAGUGCAAUCGCAAAGCAACCCAACAAUGCAUGAAGUAGAGAAUUUGGAAUCGCUAGAUCAGCAGCUAUCAAGUAUAUCCCUAGAUAGAGGUAAUUGGGAAAACAAUGAAAAAACUACGUUCAUGUUUCUUUUGAAAUACAUGGCCAUCGACGACGACAAAGCCAAACAAUGUGAUCCUCUGCAAAAACAAAAGAAACUUUUAUCCCUGAUGCGCAGUUUGCCAAUUUAUCCGCCAAGUAAGGAAAUGCUACAGGCUCUGGCUACUGAAUUCGCAGACACCGAUUUGAUUGCAAAUAAUAUUAUGUUCGAAGAGUUUCUGCAUACCAAACGCUUGGAGUUUUACAAUGUAUGCUCCGUGAUGCAAACGCUGCUAACGAUCGAGGAUCUUUCCAGCAUGGAGCUGUACGCUCAACUUAUCCAAGCUGAUGUGUCUGUGCAGCGGGUCUCCAAGCUGAGAUAUAAAAUUGCUCUCAAGGGCACGCGAGUGAAUGCAGAGGACUUUGUUGCUGCCAAUCUGGACGAAGUGGUGCUGGUGCCCAUGUCCAGCCGGUUGGGAUCUCCACUACCUAAGCAGUUGGUGCUGGCCCUGCUUCCGCAUCCUCACGAAAAUUUAAGCCCGACUGAUCCGAUGCACCGCCCUGUGGCCAGUGUGGAGCAGGUCAGCCGCACCACUGUUCACGUGCGCUUUAGCCGUGAAAAUUGCCCAAACGAAGCGGUUUUUGUAGGCCAGCGCUUCUACGCCAUAAUUCGCUCCAAACGAACUCCAAUGCGAUACAUGUAUCGCGCACUCAGGUUGCUCCAGGAGAGCCCCUUGGUGCGCCGCUACCUAUUUCCGUUUCCCAGUUGGCUGACGCAGAUGGUGUCCACUUCCCAGAAGAACGGCGGCAGAUGUCCUAGUUGGAUGGAAGCGAACCCACCACAACAGCCAGCUACUCCGACCUCACUCUCCCUUCUAAAUUCGACCAUCUAUUCUAACGCAGAGCAGUUAGAGGCCGUACAACGCAUUGUUGCGGGACCAAGUACUCAGGGACCAUACAUUCUGUUCGGACCACCAGGCACUGGCAAAACCACUACCAUUGUGGAGACCAUUCUACAGCUGCGCCUUCAAAAACCACAAAGCCGUAUCCUUGUAACCGCCGGCUCGAACUCGGCCUGCGACACAAUCGCCCUGAAGCUUUGCGAGUAUAUUGUAAGCAACACCCGGCUUCAGGAGCACUUUGCCCGACAGGUGCUGCCAAAGAAGGAUCACCAGUUGAUCCGCCUAUACUCGCGCUCCAUUUAUCACAAGGGUCUUCAGUCCGUGCCGGCGCUGCUGCUGAAGAAUUCCAAUUGCUCGAAGCGCACUUACAAGCACCUUGGAGUUUCACAUAUUCUGGAGUACGGCAUAACGGUGGCCACGCUCUGCACAGUGGGUCGCUUGGUCACUGAUAACCUCGGCAAGCACAACUUUUUCACCCACAUUUUCAUCGACGAGGCGGGAGCUGCCACUGAACCCGAGGCAUUGAUCGGUAUAAUGGGUAUAAAGCAGACGGGGGAUUGCCAUGUGAUCCUGUCCGGAGAUCAUAAGCAACUCUGCGCCGUGAUAAAGAGUAAUCGAGCUGCAUCUCUGGGAUUAAGCCAGUCUCUAAUGGAAAGGCUCCUACGAUCCGAUUGCUACAAAGUUGAUGAAAACGGAAACUACGAUCGCACCCUGCAGACGCGUCUACGUCGUAACUAUCGAUCCCAUCCUCAGAUUGUGGGCCUGUUUAAUGAGCUCUACUAUAACGGAGAGCUGAUCCCUCAGGCACGCUCUGUGGAUGUGAAUCUAGCCGCCAACUGGAGCGUUCUGCCCAAUCCACAGUUCCCGAUAAUAUUUCAGGCUACUCAUGGAGUAACCAAACGGGAGCAGCACUCCACUAGCUCUUUCAAUCAUCUGGAGGCGGAAGUAACAUGUUGGUAUGUAAAUCGCCUGAUAAAAGAUGGCCUGAAAAGCGGAAAGAAAGUAAGACAGGAGGACAUCGGCAUUGUUGCGCCGUAUACCGCUCAGGGUAAGGUAGUUACCAAGCUACUCCACAACCGGGGACUAUCGAAUGUGGAGGUGGGCAGCGUGGAGAGCUAUCAGGGUCGCGAAAAGACCAUAAUCAUAGCAAGUUUGGUUCGAUCCUUUGCAAAAAUGGGAUUCAUGCGCAAUCGUCGCCGUGUGAACGUUCUUUUGUCAAGAGCUAAGGCACUGCUGAUCCUGGUUGGCAAUCCGGUCACCCUUCGUCAUCACCGGGACUUCCAGUUCAUAAUCAAGGAGUGCAAGAAACAAGGCACAUAUCUCUUCAAGAAGAAGGGUUCCGAGCAGAUACCGUGUAUCCUGCCUGACACUGAGGAAGAUGAAUCAGAUGAGGAGUCGGGCUGUGAGUCGGAGGAUGAGGAGCUUACUCCUUGGUAUGCCAGAAUGCCACCGCACAUUUGUGUGGCCAUUGACCAAAUCAAACCGCAACACAAGAAGGAACAGCUCGCUGAAUCUCUCUCGAAAUUAGUGUCAAAAAUGAAACUGUAGAAUUUGUAAGACUUAUGAAUAAGCGUAGGCUAAGUUGAAAAUGACAGACUCCGAAAAGUUCAAUGUAAUAGUUCAAGGCAUUAUCGUGUCCAUAAGAUGAACCUCUAGAAGAGAUGUAAUGAAACCAAAUCUAAUUUAUUGGAUGCUCAGACAGCACCAAAUAUUCUAAGCUAUGCCAUCUGUAAACCUGAAGUUUUUGUUAAGUUUUAAUAUAAGUUUUCGAAAACAAUAAUCGCUUUUUGCAGUCAUAGACUGAUUUACGAAGAAGAAUACCCAAGAUAUUCCAUUUGGUGUCCUGCAAAUGGAGAAAGGAAAACAUUUUAUUCAAGUUUUGUGUAAGAAAUGGACCAAUGAAAUCCAAACGAAUAUGUUCUCAUGAAUGUUAAGUCAAAAUCUUUGUCUAAAUUCCAUUUUUUUUUAUAUUCAACCAAAUUGGUAAUGCGAAUCCGGAUUUAUCAUAUAUAUUAAUAUAUAUUUAAGCAGUGUCUAUAUAAUUAGUAAAACGAUUACAAAAUACAAAUACAAUGGAGUUGCUGCGUUAGGUAUUGAAAGAGUGUUUAAAAAUAGUUCUGCUCUUGUCGCGAAAGUUAUUUCAUUUUUUAACGCUCUAUCCUUUAAAUUUGUUCAGUCUUUGUUAAUCAACAACUUUGUUAAAGUGUUCUUUUUUUACGUUGAGUUGCGUUUUUUUGCUUGCCUUUUCGUUUUUUAAGCAAUUAAAGUUGAGAAAAAUGUUUAAGAUAGAAAUGCCAAGUUUAGUUCGAUUAAUUAAAGUUUGUUCGACAUAAAA